UAUACAUUAACUAACCCUAGUUUCUUCCUAACAGAUGCGGCACUUGCAGAAACCGAGUCACAGUUCCCAGAGCUCCUCUCUCCGCCGUCAGCCAUGGUGAACGUUCCAAAAACUAAGAAGACUUACUGCAAGUCAAAGGAAUGCAAAAAGCACACCUUGCACAAGGUCACCCAGUACAAGAAGGGUAAGGAUAGCUUGGCAGCUCAGGGGAAGCGUCGUUAUGACCGCAAGCAGUCAGGUUAUGGUGGUCAGACCAAGCCAGUCUUCCACAAGAAGGCUAAAACGACGAAGAAGAUUGUGCUGAGGUUGCAGUGCCAGGGUUGCAAACAUGUUUCCCAGCACCCUAUCAAGAGGUGCAAACACUUUGAAAUUGGUGGAGAUAAGAAGGGCAAAGGAACAUCGCUUUUCUAAGCUCGUCGAUUUGGAAGGAUUCUUGUGUUUACUGCUUUGGUCUGUUGUUAUCUUCGUCUUUACAUUUUGACAUCUUCUAUGGGACGGAGGAAGUAAGAUUCAAUGUCGCAUAUAAAUGGUUGUAUAAUGCAAGGUAAUAGAUUUGGAGUUUGGAGAAGGUGCCUAACUAAUGCAUAUUGUUUGAUGAUUACAUGAAGGCUGAACUCUGGAUAUUCAAAAUAUCUAGCCACAGUUUUUUACUAAA